AGCGCUGUUCUUUGUUAAACCAAUAAUCUCCGAAUGAAUCAAAAAUACCCUUAUGAUUCGGUGAAAUGCUUGGAAUCUCUUACAAACUUAUAUAGAGGCCUAAUGACAAUUCUAACCAAUUCGCUAGGUUUGCUUAAAGUGAGCCUUCAAAGCUGUUUCAACCUCAGUCUGGCAAGAGCUGUACAAUGGUGGCUGAAAUGCUUAGAUAAUCACCUCGGCUUCCUCCAAACAGUUUGGCAACUUGCAUCUGUCAGGAUCCCAAGUCUCAAAUGCAAAGUAUUUGGGAACAAGGAUAUUUUUUUUUAAAUUUGUAUAAAACGUUGCCUACAUUUCGGAGCAUUAAUAAUUAUCGUAUAUUAUUAUACUAGUUAUUAUAUUUGAAGUCCCAUACCAUACUGUUGAAAAUGAAGAAAAAACUUCAUCAGAUAAAAAAACCUUUAAUAUUACAUUUGUGAUAGACAUCAAGUCCCGUGGGGGGGUUCUUCUUAUAACCAAAGCAUCGCAGUACAAUACAUACAUAUAUAAUUCAUAUCAACAGUUGUUUUGCCUUUCGUGCGCAACUGUUGUCCUUUCGUGACAUAUGUCAAAUGGCAAAGCUUACUGGAAGCAUACAAAAGCUUUUGUUCGUCAUACGAGCAGGAGCCAACAGCAAUACCAUAUGCUACGAAUCACAUAUCUGAGUCACUGCUACUUUAAAACGCACACAAAAAAAUUGUUUGUUUGUGAGAAAUCAUGAAGAAGUGAUUAAAAACUGAAAUUCAAUUGAAAAUUUAUUUAAGAAAUUUAACGCCGAAACCGUUAAAUAUUUCGUGCAGAACGAAGAAAUUGUGUGCAAAGUGGACAAAUGUUACGUGAAAAGUACAUAGUCAAGCAGCAGCGUGAACCGGAUUAAUAACAUUUUUGUUGUGUGCAUUUUAGUUAUAAUUUUUUUUCAUUUCACGAAAGCACGAAACAGUAUCAAGUGAAAUUGCUAAACGUGCCACAAAGUUUUAGCCAAAUUUAAAAAGGUGUGUACUCAUUCAACAAUUAAGUGAAAAUAUUGCAGAAAGUUAUUUACAUUCGCCAUUAAAGACGUUUUUGUGAUUGGGAAAAAUCGAUUGUGUGCAUUUCAGUAUCCUUUGUGGCUUGCAAGGAGUUGCCUAGCCACCCUGCAGCGCUGAAGCUUUCACACAGUCUUCCAGUGUUAAGACUUUCCAUUGGAAUGUAUACAUACUGACUGCGCUAGUAGUAGCAGUGGUGGUGGUGGUGUUAUUGUUGUUGUUGCAUGCGUGAAAUGUCAACAAUGCUGUGAUUUGUUAUCAUUUGUGCCGAUACGCAAAAGAAAAACAUAAACACAGAACACACACUCAACAGGAUUCCAGCUGUGUGUCUGUGUGUGUGCGAACACUUGCUGAUCUGCGUAAUCGUAAUUGAAAUUUUGAAAUGCAUUAGCUUAUAACAUUACUUUUUGUAUUGUUGUUAUUGUUUUGCAGCUUUGCUGUGCGCGAGUUUCGUGCCAAUCGCAGUGAAAUCGUUUGAAAAGCAAAAACAUAAAGAAAGUGCUAGGAAUUGAACUAAGAUGAUAGUAAUUUCUGGCGUGGAAUCGUAUUCAUUAAAUGGAACCGUUGAGUUAACGACAGUAUUGGGUGCGCUUUUUGGCGUCGUCGCUUUGAUGUUUCUAUUCUUUCUUUACGUACAUCGCAAAUGGUGCUUUCAUGCGCGUCACGGUCUAAAUUGUUGCGAUGAGAAGUUAAACGCAUCCAAAUACACGCAAAAAAUGUGUAAGUCACGCAAACGCCGUUAUGACAAUACCAGCUCUGAUUCGGAGGAGGAUAUCUUGCGUCGCUUACGCUUACAGCAGUCACGCAAUUUAUCAACGAACGGUAAUUUCAAUAGUUACGGUAUUCACCAGCAGUCAACGUAUCUGCCGCCGUCACCGCCAAAUCCCCAACACAGCUUCAAUUACACACCGAACGAAUUGCAGCGCGUUACGAUAACGCCACGCUUCGAUCCGGCCCGCGAUCCGUUGGCCAUAGCGGAGCGCGGCAAAGUCGGUAUUCCGUCCUCGCAUAGUGAGUGCAGUUCGAAUGAUUCGGAGAAGGCGUCUGUCGACAGUCAUACGGGUAUUUUGACAGGUGACAGAAAAGAGCGUCUUCAAGGCAAUAGCGGCGGCGGCACGAAUAAAUCGAGCGAAUGCAGCGCUUCGUCCUCGCUGAAGGAGUCGCGCAUCGACAAUCGUGCGGAUUUGCCAAAGACUAGCAGUAAUAGCAGUAGCAGCAGAUAUCAGAAGAUAUCGACGGCGUCUGCGCGUCAAGACAGUUUAGAUGAUGUGCCUGAUUUGCAUAGCAAUAAUAAUAAUAAUAUUAAUAACAGCAGUAAUAAUAACAAUAACGAAGAUGAGCCACUUUUUGACACCAGCGAUUUGCGUUCCAUCAAAUCGGACGAUACUUCGGUGCAGAAUCAAUUCUAUGGCAAAAGUGGCAGUAUCGAGAUUUCUUUGCUGUACGAUGCACCAAUGCGUAAGAUGACUGUGCAUGUGAUGCAAGCACGCGGUCUACCCACUUUGGGUAAUGGACAGACGACGCAUACGCAGGUCCGUCUUCUUAUGUUGCCAAAUAAGAAGCAAAAGCAUAAGACUAAAAUUCGCUCCGGCGAGAAUCCACAAUACAUGGAGAGUUUCCUGUUACAUCGAGUCAAUCCGGAGGAUGUUAAUAAUAUGGGACUGCGUGUACGAAUAUACGGUUGCGAACGUUUACGAAAAGAACGUCUAAUCGGUGAGGCGUAUGUCAGUUUCGCCACAAUCGAUUUGGAAUUGGAAACGAAUUUGUGGCUGCCACUGGAGCCAAGAAGUACGGCUUCUGUUUUGGGCUCAAAUAGUGAUUUGUUAAGUCUGGCGAGAUCAGAUAGUGCCGGUUCGACCACAUCGAUGCAACAUGGUGGUGUGCCGGAAUUACUUUUAGGUUUAGGUUAUAAUGGCGUUACAGGACGUUUGUCAGUGGAAAUUGUCAAGGGUAGUCAUUUUCGUAGUUUAUCAAUGAACAAGGCGCCCGACACGUAUGUGAAGUUGUGUUUAGUUAGUAGUAUAGGACAGGAGAUAUCGCGAGCGAAAACAUCAACGAGACGCGGCCAACCACAUCCGCUCUUUAAGGAGACCUUCGUCUUUCAAGUGGCACUUUUCCAGUUGAACGAUGUGACGCUUAUGGUUUCCGUUUAUGCGAAACGUAAUAUGAAAAAGAAUGAAAUGGUCGGCUGGUUUAGUAUGGGUCUAAACUCGUCCGGACCAGAGGAGGUGGCGCAUUGGGCGGAUGUACGCGAUUUGGCCAAGGGUGAGCUAUUGGCGCGAUGGCAUGUGCUAGUGGAUUCCUGAUUCGAGCAGUUGGGACAAUCUUCACGUCGCGGCAGUGCCCUAGGCAUACUCGGCUUUGCGACGAAAGAUAAGUCCAAAUCGAAGAAGCUGAAGGAGGAGGAGGAGGAGGACGAGGAGAACCGCGAUAUUGGCAAUGUGCCGGAUAAAGCGGUUGCCGUCAACAUCGAGGCUGGCUUAGAGCUCGACUUUGUUUAGAGAAUUUGGCUAAAACCAAACGACUUUUUUGUAAUGUUUGUAAACCACACGCGACGCAAAUUUUUUGUGUGUUUACGAAACAUAAACCAUAAACAAUUGAACAUUUGUAUGGCGAGGGUAGUUUUCUGUAACAGUUACCGUUACAGAAAAUGACAAAGCUAAACCGAAAAUUGUCAUUUUAAGAAAGAAAUAAUACAAGAAGAAAGGAAGAAAUAAUAAAAGAAACUUAAAUAAAACAAAUACAAAUAAACAUACAUACUCUCUACAAUAUAUUAAAUAAAAUAUGUCACUUUACUAGUAAACAAAUUACGCACAUUAAAUAUUUUGGUAGAGCAGUAAUUAUGCGAAACGUGUAUAAAAGGCAUUUAGUAAGAGACUAAUAAGCCGAUAAAACUGGAAUUUCAUAGUCAAAACUCUACGGUAAAUGAGAAAUCUUCGAUUGUACUGAAAAAGAGAAUUUGUUAUUUUGUAAGGAUACAAAUAUUUGUAGCCGGUUUACCGUUGAUUGAUUCAUAAUUAUGAAUAUUGAAUUUUGUGAUAUGCGAAUGAGUAUUAAUUGUGAAAAUCAAAUAUAUUUGCAAAAUAUUUGGGUGUAGAACGAAAAAAAAAUUAACUAGGGAUUUUUGGUACAACAACAAUUCAACAAUUUGCUUGACUUACUAUUACAAAGGUUUAGUUUAAGCAGUGUGAUUUCGUUUAAUUGCAAAUUCUGUAAUUUUUUGUAACGAACUCUAUGAGUUGUACAUGCUUGCAAAUACAUAUAUAAUAGUAUUAUAUAAUUAAACAAAAAAAUAGCAAAUUUAGCAUAUCAAACAAAAAAUAAAACUGUAUUAUUAGUACCUUGCCGAUUUUCAAAGGCAUUUCUCGAUUGAUAAACUUUUUCUAUUUUUCUAAUUACAUUAUAUGCCUUAAAAAUAUUCGUACAGCUUUUAAUAUAAUUAAAUUUAAUAUUAUAACGGGAUUUUCAACAAUUACUUCAUUUAUUUAAACUGUAUGCAAACUAUUUUGUUGUAAUUCUCAUAAAAUUUUUGGAAUGCCAAAAAAUUGUUAAUUUAUAAAUUUUGUAAAUCUCAAAAACGUUUUUGAAAUACAGUUAAUAACAAUGCAACAACUUUUAUUAGUAAACGCAUUCUAAAUUACAGUUUAUUUUCAGGUUAGGUUCAUCCUAGUUAGAUUUACAAGAUUUGAUAAGGAACUGAGAAACUCAGAAGUGUAAAAAGAACUUUAGAUCAUUUUACCUAACCGUUUUAUGAAGGUUGAUACCCUAAAUAACAGUGUUCUUUCAUACGAUUUUCAAAAUCUCUUGCAUCCCUUGAGAGAUAUUUGUUUAAAUUAUAAUUUUUUCAUACAUUUAUUGAGAGAAUGAUACUUUGGCGUUGUUUGCAUGAAGUUAAAAGUUGAAAGUGAGGUUAUUUUACAGUAAAUAUAAUAAUUUUUCAAGCUUUGCAGUAGCAACUACAUACUAAAGUUGUAAAAAUAUGCUCCGUGUGCUUUUAGCACAAAAUUUCAAAACAAUUUUUAUGAAGAACACUAACAAAUGCUGAUAGGCGAUGACGUUGACAAUUUUUUAAUCAAAAUGAAAAGCAAGAUUGCGUUAAAUAAAGUAUUUACUAACUAACUAAAAAAGUUUACUCAUAUGCAUACAUACAUACACAAACUGUAAUCUAAAAGCGUUUGUGUGCAAAUUUAAAUAGCCAAAAAAAGAAAGUAUAAAAACAAAUUAGAAAGCGAAAAAAACUUAAGCAACAUUAAUUAACUUUUUUAUUUCUAACUAAACUUAUUUUUUUAUUUAACAAUGCAUUAAAGAUUAAAUAUUAAACAUUAAGGGAACUAAAAGAAAAAUAUUAGCUUAAAAUAUCUAUAUUGGUUAGUAAACCCAAAAAUAAGAAAAAAACAUACAUACGAGUAUAUUCCCAAGAGACUUAAAAUAUUAAAAAAAAUUGUAAGUUAAAUAUCUUUUUUAUACGGAAUAAACAAUGUUUACACUAAUACAAACUAAAAUAUUAAGAAAUACAUAAUAAUGCAUAAUAUAAAUAACGAUUUAUGACAAAAAAUAUACUUAACAUAGUAUUUGCCUAUAUU